CAGAGUCAAGAAGCUGAAGCUGAAAGUCAUUGAAGGCAGCUUCGUGUUGGAGUUCCCUGUCCCAUUCUAGUACUGUAUUUUUCUUUCAAGUACAUAAGAAGGGAACUCUACUACCUCCCCAAAUCAACCCCAGAUACUCACCUUUUCAAAGUUUUUGUCUUUUGGCCUUUUCAAACCCAACACCGUGAUUUCCAUGGAUUCAGAAGCAGCACCCCAGCUAGAAGAAAUAAAGCAAGAGGGUGUCGGAAAAGGGACCAAGAAGAAGAAGAAGAGCAAAAAGAGUUCUUUUUUUCCCAGGUUUGGUUGUUUCAGAAUCGAGCAUGAUGUUUCAGGGGGAGGUUUUGAUAUUGAGGUUGUUGAUGAGACUGGUCAGCGUCCCACCCCCACCCACUUGAUCAUAAUGGUUAAUGGUCUUGUUGGCAGCGCUCAGAAUUGGAAAUUUGCCGCAAAGCAGUUUCUGAAAAGGUUUCCAGAAGACGCUGUUGUACAUUGCAGUGAACGCAAUUCUUCAAUGUUGACCUUUGAUGGGAUUGAUGUAAUGGGAGAUAGACUAGCCGAGGAGGUUAUAUCAGUUAUAAAACGUCACCCAAGUGUUCAGAAAAUUUCAUUUGUAGGUCACUCUUUAGGAGGCUUGGUGGCAAGAUAUGCAAUAGCUCGGCUUUAUGGGAGAGACAUAUCUCUUGAACUUUCUCAGGGAAAUGGACAUUGUGAAAGUCAUGUUUCAGAUCAAGAAAAUCAUGACAGAAAAUAUGAAGGAAAAAUUGCAGGACUAGAGCCCAUAAAUUUCAUUACAUCUGCAACGCCACACCUUGGUUCUAGAGGUCAUAAACAGGUUCCUAUGUUCUGUGGAUUUUACUCUCUGGAGAAAGCAGUGUCUCGUGUUGCUGGGGUCUUUGGUAAAACGGGAAAACAUCUAUUUUUAACAGAUAGUGACAAUGGGAAACCCCCUCUUCUUCUUCAGAUGGUUCGUGACUCUGAAGACAUUAAAUUCUUGUCUGCUUUACGCUCCUUCAAACGCCGUGUUGCCUAUGCGAAUGUUCGUUAUGACCAGCUUGUUGGAUGGAGUACAUCAUCUAUCAGACGUAGAAUGGAACUCCCUAAGCGGCGGCAUCUUUCAAGACAUGAAAAGUACCCUCAUAUCGUAAAUGUAGAGACAGCAAAAUCUAGUUGUGUCACCGAGGAUGUUCCUGCUGAAUCCAAACUGAGUAAUGGAUCCAGUAAACUUGAUUCGGAAGAGGAAAUGAUCAGAAGCUUGACAGCAAUGAGCUGGGACAGAAUUGAUGUCAGUUUCAGUGGCAGUAGGCAGAAAUACCUGGCACAUGGCACCAUUCAGGUGAAUACUUACUGCAUAAAUUCGGAUGGAGCAGACGUGAUUCAACAUAUGGUUGACAGUUUUCAGAUAUAGUUUUCCAUAUUUCCAGAUUCUAACAGACAAGACAAUGCCAUUUUUUUGUAAGACGGAGAGGGCUUCAUCACCUUUUUGCCACUGAAGUUGACAAAAUACAGACCAAGAAGGUUUAAAGAACACAAGAAUGUGAAAAAUACAUUGAUAAAGAACAGAACGGGGCUAUAAUUGUGCACCCUACAAUUUUCUUGUGCCCAUUCUACUUUGACUGCAAUGUAUAUGGAGUCAUUUGGAAUGAGAACACCCAAAAUAAAGUUAAAAAUCUGCACUCUUUCGAAUUUCAAUCA